UACUCGUGCUCGUGCAAACCUCGAAGCUUCGAAGUCACGGGUUCACACUCGUGCUUCAACGCAGAAUCGGAGCAAAGGCGCCCGCGGUUUCUUCAGCCAUGGGCGGCGUUCCCGGCGCCUUGCGCCGCCACAUCCUGCUCCUCCUCUCCGUCGCCCUGGCCGCCAUCUCCCUCUACCGCGGCGCCGCGGCUCCCUCGCCGGUGUACGACACGGACGGGCAGGAGCUGAGCGCCGACGCGGACUACUACGUGCUCCCGGCCGCCCGCGGGGGCGGCGGGCUCACCAUGGCGCCCAACGUGUUCCGGUGCCCGCUGUUCGUGGCGCAGGAGGCCGACCCGCUCCGCAAGGGCUUCCCCGUGCGCCUCACCCCGCUGCACGGGCACGGCGGCGACCGCACCGUGCGCGUCUCCUUCGACGUCGGCGUGCACUUCGCCGCCGUGACGACGUGCGUGCAGACCACCGAGUGGCACGUCGCCGGCCGCGGCGACGAGGGCGGGGGCGGCGCCCGCCGGCACGUUGUCACCGGCCCGGUCCUGGCCCCGACCGCGGGCGGCCGGGAGAGGGUGUUCCGCGUCGAGGGGCACCGCCACGGGUACACGCUGGCGUGGUGCGGGGUCCCCACCGAGUGCCAGGACCUGGGCGUGUUCAGGGACGACAGGGGCCGCGCGUGGCUCACCGUGGCCGACGACCAGACGCCUCAUGUGGUCGUGUUCAAGAAGACGCCGCCCAUACCGGCGUGAUAGGGGGUUUCCGCUUGCAGCGUGCGUGAGCGUGUGCGUGCCGAAUAAGAAGGCGCUUGUUCCGUUACUAGCGACGAACUCUGCUGUUGUAUUACGUAUACGGUAUACAAGAGGUUCUGUACCUGAGCACAGCUAUUUCUACAGGACUAGUCCAGGCACACGUGACGUGAUGGUAUAGCUCCUUCAGUUGGUUUGGACGGCGCCCUAGGUAUAAGAUGGUGUUGGGAGCUUGCUAAAUUCAGGGACCAUCAGUUGUUCAAAAAUAAAUUCA